AUGUUCAAAUACACUCUCCUGUGCUUAUUCGGUUUCCUCAUUUCCCUCAUCACUGCUGGAGACGGCCUUACUCCAAUCCCUGGCACCGUUACAACUGCCAUUGUCUAUCGAGGCGAUGACCGUACGCCAGAGGAGAUGGAAGUUAUCGGCUCUAUAGAGAUCACAGAUUUAAUCUUUAAUGUCAAUGAGGAGUUCCGGACUAUUGGCAAGACAAGUCCUCACCCAGAGGAGUUGGAAUUCGCAGUCAAACGUUUAAUUCCAUGGACUGCUGUUACUCAGGUUCUUGAAAAGAUUGGCGGAAGGUGGAUAGAGCUAGAAAAGAACGCCAGAGGGCAAUGGAAACCUAAGGCAGCAGGUACUGGAGGUGCUGGGGGAACUACUACAGGUGGAACUGGUGGAAUCGGUGGACCUGGAUCGAGCUCUACAGGGACUUCGGGGGGUCCUGGAAAGGCCACCACUGGCACUGGUAAGACCGCCACGGGAACCGACAACUCGAAUACGGGAACCGGCAAGACUACCACUGGUACCGGAAAGACCACUAUUGGAACUGAUAAGACUACUGGAACUGGAACUGCAAGCAGCAGCACAGGUUCAUCUUCGAAGGGCAAGGGUCGUCCCAAGACCAGACGUCAUCGUGCUCGUCGAAACGGAUAUUGGGAUGGGUGGGGGGAAUAUCUGUUGUAUAGUUAUGAAUUGUUUUAUAAAUUAAACUAUAAUGUGAUUUAA